GGUUAUUCGGUGGUGCUUGUUCCUUCGGCGGCAGACUUUGCCUUUCACCUUAAAUUUAUGUCCCCAUGGCCACGUAUAAAUGGUAUAUUUGGAUUAUUCAACUUUUUAUCAUAUUGAACAUUCAAGCCUUAGUAAAUUGUGUAGACAGAGGAAACUUCAAAACAUGCGAUCAAAGUGGUUUUUGCAAGCGCCAUCGCAGUAUCACUCCUGGUCACUCCCCCUAUUACUUGGAGAUGAGCAGCUUCAAAAUCUAUGAAACUAGUCUUGAAGGUAUUAUUGUUAAUUCCCAAAAUGGUAUCCAGCUUAAAUUUGACUUAAUAGUUCUGAAAGACAACUCGAUGCGCUUCAAGAUCAAGGAACUGAAUACUAUUCGACACAGAUUUGAAGCGCGGGAAGCUCUCGUUGACAGGAUUGAAGAAUCAAAGUUAGAAGUAAUUUCUCAAGAUUCAGAGAAAAUAAUCCUUACAUUUGGUUCUAAUAAAGUUAUUCUUAAUGGCAGUCCUUUUAGAAUUGAUAUUUUUUCUGGUGAUCAACUCGUUAUAAGUGCAAAUGCUCGUGGAUUAAUGAAGUUUGAACAUUAUCGUCCAAAAUCUAAUCCGAAACCAACUGAAGAAGGAGAAGAGCAGAAUGAAAUACAACAGCAGCAGCCUCCAGUACCCCCUGAAGAAGAACAGUUUAAAGAUACACUAUGGGAGGAGACAUUCAAAGGGCAUACAGAUUCUAAACCAUAUGGUCCUUCUUCGGUUGGAAUGGAUUUUUCAUUCGUUGGAUUCAAGCAUGUUUAUGGCAUACCAGAACAUGCUGAUGUUUUCCCCUUAAGAACAACCAAAGGAACAUCUGACCCGUAUCGUCUAUAUAACUUGGAUGUAUUUGAAUAUGAUCUUAAUAAUCCAAUGGCUAUUUAUGGCUCAAUACCAUUUAUGGUGGCUCACAGUGAAACUCAGACUGUGGGAUUACUAUGGCUGAAUGCAGCAGAAACCUGGGUUGAUGUUGAAGCAUCUUCAAACCAGGGUGUUGUAUCCUCUAUUGUGGACUUUGUGAAGGGCAAUACCCAAAUCCCGCAGCAAGAUUCUCACUGGAUUUCGGAGAGUGGCAUAAUUGAUGUAUUCUUCCUGCUCGGCCCAGGACCUAAAGAUGUCAUGUUCCAGUAUGCUAAAUUAACAGGAGUUACACCCUUGCCUCCUCUAUUUUCUUUGGGUUAUCACCAGUGUCGAUGGAACUACAGAGACCAAGAUGAUGUGAGGAAUGUGGAUGCUGGUUUUGAUGAAAAUGAUAUUCCCUAUGAUGUUCUAUGGCUGGAUUUAGAUCACACCCAUGACAGAAAGUAUUUCACAUGGGAUCCCUACAAGUUCCCUGAUCCCAUAGCAAUGCAAACCAACUUGACUGCCAAAGGUCGUAAGAUGGUCACUCUAGUUGAUCCCCACAUCAAACGAGAUAACAACUAUUACAUUCACAAGGAAGCCACGGACAGAGGAUUCUAUGUCAAAAACAAAGAGAAUCAAGAUUACGAAGGCUGGUGCUGGCCUGGGGCCUCUGGAUAUCUAGACUUUCUGAGUCCUGAAGUCAGGGACUGGUGGUCAUCAAAGUAUGCCUUGGACCAGUACCAGGGAUCUACCCUGUCCUUGUAUACUUGGAAUGACAUGAAUGAACCCUCAGUGUUCAGUGAGCCUGAGGUUACAAUGCCUAAGGACUGUAAGCAUGUUGGAGGCUGGGAGCACAGAGAUAUUCACAACAUGUAUGGUUUUCUGAUGGUAAUGGCAACAUAUAAAGGUCAUUUAAUGCGAAGUGGUGGAGCUCAAAGGCCAUUUAUUCUUUCAAGAUCUGUGUUUGCUGGAUCUCAAAGAUAUGGAGCUGUUUGGACUGGAGAUAAUAUUGCGGACUGGAAUCAUCUGCAAAUAUCAGUGCCAAUGAUUUUGAGUCUGAGCAUUGCUGGCAUGUCAUUUUCAGGAGCUGAUGUUGGUGGUUUCUUCAGAAAUCCUACACCUGAACUAAUGCUUCGGUGGUAUCAGGCUGGUGCUUACCAACCUUUCUUCCGUGCUCAUUCUCACCACGAAACAAAGAGACGAGAACCUUGGCUCUUUGAAGGGGAAUACCGAACUGCUAUUCGAGAUGCCAUUCGAGCGCGGUAUCCAUUGCUGCCCUUGUGGUAUACGCUUUUCUAUGAAAAUGAAAGAACUGGAGUACCCCCGAUGAGACCAGUUUGGAUGGAAUUUCCAACAGAAACAAUCACUUUUGAUAUGAAUGAUGAAUACAUUAUAGGAUCAUGUCUUCUUGUUAGGCCUGUUUUGGAAGAAUCAGUUGUCAAUGUGAACGUCUAUUUCCCUGGAACAAAUGAGGUUUGGUAUGAUAUCAUCACCCACGAAAAAUAUGACGGAGGUCAAUCUGUUUCAGUCUCGGCUCCAUUAAGUAAAAUUCCUGUUUAUCAACGAGGUGGAACGAUAAUUCCUAAAAAGGGAAGAAUAAGAAGAAGUUCAUCACUCACAUACAAUGAUCCAUAUACAUUAGUCAUAGCAUUGGAUAAGUCAGGUACUCAUGCCAAUGGAACAUUGUAUAUAGAUGACUUCAAUUCAUUUAAAUACAGAGAAGGAAACUUCUUACUACUUAAAUUUAGCUUUGAAAAAAAUAUAAUUAGUUCCAAAAUUUUAGAAGGCAAGUUCAAGACAAGUGCUUGGCUAGAAAAAAUUAUCAUCGUGGGGCUAGAAAAAGCUCCUAAAUCUAUUAUACUUUUUAAUAAAAACUCUAAAACAGAACUUAUUUCUAAAUAUGAUGAAAAUCAACAUCUUUUAACUAUACGCAAGCCUGGAGUUAAUAUUGGGGAAGAAUGGAAGAUAACUCUCUAAACGUUUUCUUAGGUUUAUUCAAAUUUGUAUUACACAAGAAAAAUCAACUUAUCUUUCAUCUCCACGAAGGAACAAACACAAAACUGAGGUGUUAUAUUAUUUGAAAAAUCACAAGUUUUUGUAACUGAAAAAAUUUGUUAAACUUUUCUUCUUGCUGUGUACAUGAUAUGCAUUUUAAAGUUUAUUAUCUGAUAAGUUGAGAAAGCUUUUCUUCAUGCACAGAAAAAAAAUAAAUAGGAAAAAAAAAAGAAACAUGCUUCAUAUUCAAAUUGAUAGUGUUGAACUCAAUGCCUUAAAGCUUAAACUCGGAUUAUUCCUAAUAGAUGUUUUGGAAUUAUUAUUUUUUUUAAUUACUUUUUUUAAACAUAAUUUUCUGUCCAAAAAUGCAGUGCUGUCUAAUCUUGCCAUAGUGAAUUUUGAAAGAUUG